GUGCUAACAACGUUUGCAAGUCCAACGGAAUUCAACCACGAACUUCGAAGCUCUUAUAUACUCGAGACUCGAUAAUUUCUGCUUGAUUUAGAAGCUACUUCUUUUUGAAUUAUCGUCAUAAUGUCUUCCGGCUUUGGCAUGAAGGGCGGCGUUGGCCGUUGCUACAACAACUUCACUGAUCUCAUUCAGUGCUACAAAGAUACCAGAGCCGGAUUGAUUGCUGGCACUGAGUGCAGCUUACCGAGAGGUGAUUAUAUGGAGUGCAUCCACCACACGAAGGAGAAAGCGAGACUGAACGAGAUCCGCGAGGAGGUUUUGAAUCAGAAGAAGAAGAAGGGUGAAUCAACAAGACUGCCGAGAAGAGGAUUGGUGUCUCUCGGCGACUUAUAAAGGGUGGAAUACGUACAGAUACAAAGAAUCUGUUCGCGUUGGCUCGCGUCGGUGACCUCGUUCAUAUUUUGAGGUUUACGGGAUCAUGCAUGUGGCUGGAUUAAGAUUCUGGUUUGUUAUGGAGUAUAUAUAAUACACGGAGUAAUUCUCGCAUACUUGACAACUAUGGCUACUUCAUUGAGUCUAUAUGGACAGCGGAGGUGCGGACGCAAACUGUCUAGCCUAACUCAGCAUGACCAU